AUGAAGAAUGACACAACAAGUAAACACACACAUCAACAUUCCAAUAAUGAACCCAGUCCAACUGUUGUCAUUUCAUCAUCAUCUUCGACAAAAUCAAAUUCAUUAGUGAUUCCAUCAUCGACACAACAGGGGUCCUCUUCGUUGGCCUUUCUUGUGGAUAACAACAACAGCACCACCACAAACGGUAUCAAAAUCAAUUCCAAUCCGCAAUCACUUUCACAACAACCACACAACAAUCAUAACAAUAAUGGAAACCACAGAAACAACAACAAUUCAACUGCCAACACCAGUACCGUUGGAUCACAAACAACAACAAUAACAAACGUCACUCCUCUCAAACGUGAGCUCUCGCAUCGAUUGUUACCUCUUCCAACACCACCCAACCUCCAAAAGCAGCAACAACAUUCUCAUCAACCACAGGCUUCCUCAUCAUCGAGUUGUACCCGUGCAACAACAACAACAACAUCGUUUUACUCCGAUGAUGAUGAAACCAUCACUCACCAUCCUCACUCCGAUUCCGAAGAUCAAGUCAUGAUGAGAAAGGCACAUUCUGCCCGAAAUUCCUCAGCAUCAUCAUCAGUGAUUGGUACACCAAGCGCUUCUACAACUUCCAAUUCGUUCCUUCAUCCAAUUUCGCACCACCACGAAGAACAACAACAUCACGAGUGCUCAAAAAAAGAAAAUCCGUUACAACGAGCCUCUUUUUCUGGUGCGAGUUCUUCUUCUCAUCCUGCUACGACGACGAUAACGAAUUCAUCCACGCAAAGUAAAUUUGAACAACAUCAUAAUCCCAUUGGAAGUGCUGUUGCAUCGGGAGUUCAUAAGAGUAUAAAAAGUAUUGGAGAGGCUUUACAGGCCUAUCGUUUUGAAAUUGUAAAAGUAGAGAAUAUCGGAAAAAAGUUGUUACAUCUUCGGAAUCAUCAUCCUACCCAUCCUAAGGAAAAUACAUCAAGUCAUACAAUAAUGAUGAAUAAUAGUAUCACUGCUACAACGGCAACUCAGUCUGCAACCAAUCACUCUGGAAUGAGUGAAAAUGUAAAUAAUAUUAAUAGUAAUAAUAGUAAUAGUAAUUCAAGUGAGAAGAUGGCAACAACAACAACAACACCGAGCACUGCCGAGAUCAUUUCCAUCAAAAUUGAGCCUCACGAUCAUCAUCAGCAGUCAUCAUCAGCUGUACCAUCAUCCUCCUCUUCCCAGCCACCACAAGGUUCAUCACCUUCUUCUCAACAACAGCCAUCAACUACUUUCACUACAAAUUUGACCACAGCCACCACAACAAACUCGACCACAAAUAGCAAAGAACCGCAUUCAUCACAACAGCAAUCGCCUCCCACUCUCACCUCCCCCUCUCCUCGUAUCACGAGAAAACAUGCUUCUAUGAGGGAUGAUAUUGUUUCAGCGUUUGUCAAAGGCCCUCAUUCCGAAGAUUUUGAUUUAGCUCAAUUUUCUUCCAUUGUCAACAAUGAUCCACAUGUCACUUCACAAGCACUGUCAACCACUUCCGCAACCACUCCACGAUCAUUGUCUUUUGUUUCAGCUUCUCAACCAUUUCUUCCCCCUCCACACAACAACAACAACCAUCAUCAUGAAAUCAAAUAUUCUCUGCUCAUGACAAAGAGUGAAAGUCUUUGUAUGGAUUGUAAAAAUAUUAGUUGCAGAUGUUUAUUGAUUAGUGUGCCAACAACAUGCACUCCAAGCCAAGAACAAGAUGAACAAAAUACCAUGAUUUCAUUCGAAAUGGUGGGAACUGUUUUGUUGACCACGAGUCGAAUUUUGUUCCUCAUUGAUGAGGACUCUGCAGCCAUAGAAGCCUCUUCACCAGAAUCACAGCAAUUACAAAAGAUCAUUGAAGUUAUGUUGUCCAAUGUUGAAUACAUUGAAAAGAACACUGAAAAAGAGAGAUCCAUGUGUGUGAUUGAAAAAUCCUCAAUGAAUCCACGAGAAGGCGACAUUGAUCCUCCACCCAUUAAAUUCAUCAAAAAGUAUGAAUUUUUUGGAUUUGAAAGCCACACAACCUUCCAGCGAGCUUUUAAAACAUUUAAUGAUAUGCUCAAUGUUAUUCGAACGAUGGAGCAUCAUUCAGAAACAAGUGUUGAAGGCAAUAAUUCUGAUUCAGUAAUAACUGGGAAAAUGAUCCCGUCAUCGAAUAGUACUGUUCUGAACAACGCUGAAAAGAAGGACACUGGCACAUCCAAACGAGAACGACUCACUCGAAAGCGAGUUUCUGUAUCCAACACUUUCCAUGACCUUCCCUCAAAUUAUUCCAUCGGUAGUAAUGUCAGAAAAUUCUUGAGUCCUCUCGAAGAAGCUCUUACCAACAAUUUUUCCAUGGUUGAUAGAAAACUUUUAACACCACCUUCCAAAAAGAAUUUUGUCAUGGCUGAGACCAAACACAGACGCUCACUGUCGUUGAGUUCUCCAGUGGUCUAUGAAGGUGGUUCAAAAUCAGGAGCAACCUCCAACAAACCUGGUAGUUCUGCAAUUUCAGAGUCAGGUGAUGACGAAAAGAGAACAGUCAUCUCAGAGGGAGCAAUCAGCGUAGGUGGAGGCGCAGAAUCAUCGGCAGAUGAGGCCGAAUCGAAACGAAGAUCUAAAAAACGAGAAAAGAGACAAUCCUUUGCAAUUCCUACUCUGGUUGUCGAUCCUCCUUCACAAGAAUUCGAUGAACAAUUCGAUGGUAUGGUUGACGAAAUUGCUCACUUUGCCGAUGAUAUUCCUCCCAUUGAACUCAAUGACAUUUUUGCAGUGGCAGACCAAAAGUCCUCCUCGCAAGUCAAAAUGAAAGAAGUGACAAGCAGAAAAUUUGUGGGAAUAUCAGCAGAAGAGCUCUUCCAAGCAUGUUUUUCGAACGCUUCUACAUUUCUUGUUAGAGUGCACGAAAAAUUAGGAGACACUGGAAUUGAACUCUACGAUUGGGUAGACUUCCAAUAUGGAACACCAACAGUGAGAGGUAUUACUUACAAAAUUGGAGGAUCCACACCUAAUCAUUUCAGCUCCUUUACACAGACAGCAAUUCGAGUUUUGGAAACUCAGAGAGUUGUCCUUGCAAAGACUGCCUCCAAAGACAAACCCAUGUCGUACUUUAUCUUAUUUACAUCGGCAGCAACACAAGAUAUGGCCAACAAUCAAAUGUUCCAAUUCGAUGUAAAAUACAUUGUGAAAGAUACAAAACCACUUAAUUUAUUAAUGAACAAGGAGUGUGAAAUUGAGAUUUGUGCAGGUACACAAUGCAAGGGAGGAAGCAUAUUUUGGAGAAGCAAAUCCACAGAAUCUAGUGUCAUGAAAGCCAUCAAAAAUCGUCUCUUAUCCGAGUUGGAUAUGAUGAAUGAGACGGUCGAAGCAGUUGUAAAUACAAAGAAAAAUGCUGCGUCAGAGCAACGCUUGAAAUCUUGGGAAGCUUCCGUGAUGUCAACCAUUUCAUCCUUAGAUGGUGGUUUUCCAAAGGAAAUGCCAGCCUUAAACAACUUGUUGCCACCUCCCUUGUGUGUAGAAUCUUCUCCGCCUCCUUCACCUCGUGGCGACAGAGAUGGAGACUUAUCAGAGAGCUUGGCAACAAAUGAAGAUGAAGAUGAAUUAACUUGUGGAUCAACCAUUUCAGCAGUUGCCAAUACACCUCACAGUGAAUACAGUGGUGGAGAAAAUGAAGCAUCACAGAGAAGAGUGAAAGUGGUUGGAUUUUCAUCGACCUCACACCUCACCGUGUUGCCGCCAUCACGCAUUAGUGUCCCAAGCCCAACCACACCCACACUAUUUCCUGGCAACACUAAUAAUGAGCCAUCCAGUUUGGGACGUAUUCGAAAAAUUGGCUUGCUAGAUUCCUCUCCAACAUUUGCCAACAAUUUUGUUGUACCCACAGUUUCCAUGGAAACACAAAGCAGCGUUGAGGGGGCGUCAGGCGAGUCAAGCGCCAAUGCUUCAAAGCAAGCUCAACCCAAUGAGACGUCGACGACUGCCUCAAUUGAUGCUUCUGUUACAAAUGCUGUUGCAUCGACGAGUAUGGAAAUGCAUUCAUCUCUUACCAUUACAGAUAUGAGACCAGAUCAAAUCAAACAACUCGAUCCAAUUUUAUUAUUAUGUUGGGAAUUAUUGGUCAAUGUAUUUAAACCUGUGAUGAAAUUCCUUUCGAUAGGGUUUAAUUAUGCAGUGAAUUAUGUGUUGGAACCAGUUUUAACAUUUUCAUGGAAUUUCAAAGAUGUUGUUUCAGGAGUCAUUGUUGUUUUGUUGGUACUUGUGUUCAUGUAUGGAAAUUAUUCAAUGACCAACAGAGUUAACAAUUUAGCUAUUGAAACAGUACAUAUUCACACCGAAUUGAAGAACAAAUACAUUCUUGCUAGGAAUAUGAUUCAUCGAAUUCAAGAUUCAAGCCACAUGAACUCGACACAAUUGCAAUCAAGUUUACGCGACAUUAUGAAAGACUAUCUAGUUGAGCAUCGAAAGCUUUCACGUAAGGUGGAGAAGAAUGAUUUGAUGAAAUCACUGAAGGACUUUAGGAACAAGCUAAAAGAAGGUUUCAAGCACUGA